AUGUACAUCAAGACAAUUAUUCUUGAAGGAUUUAAAUCCUAUGCUCAGAGAACGGAAAUUCCUGACUUUGACCCAUUAUUCAAUGCCAUUACUGGCUUGAAUGGCAGUGGCAAGUCCAAUAUCUUGGACUCAAUCUGUUUCCUGUUGGGAAUCGCCAAUCUGUCACAGGUGAGAGCUCGCAACGUACAAGAACUAGUUUACAAAGGUGGGCAAGCUGGAUCUACUAAAGCAACUGUGACUGUUAUCUUUGAUAAUUCUGACAAGAAACAAAGUCCAAUUGGAUUUGAACAUGGUGAUGAGAUCACUGUCACUAGGCAGGUUGUCCUUGGAGGUAGAAAUAAGUAUCUUAUAAAUGGUGUGAAUGCUCAAACCAGUCGUGUGCAGGAUCUCUUCUGUUCUGUUGGACUAAAUGUCAAUAACCCCCAUUUCCUUAUUAUGCAGGGACGAAUUACCAAAGUUCUAAAUAUGAAGCCACCAGAGAUUUUAUCUAUGAUUGAAGAAGCGGCUGGUACUAGCAUGUACGAAUGCAAGAAAGUAGCUGCCCAAAAAAUCAUACAGAAGAAAGAAGCCAAACUGAAACACAUUCAAAUGGUCUUGGAUGAGGAGAUCAGUCCAACUUUACUGAAACUGAGAGAGGAACGAUCAUGCUAUCUAGAAUACCAAAAAGUAUUACGAGCAAUAGAACAUUUAAGCCGCCUCUGUAUAGCUUAUGAGUUUUUUGUGGCUGAAAAGUUAAAGCUAUCCUCAGCUGAAGUGUUAAAGCAAAUGCAGGAUAAUAUAAAGAAACUUCAGGAAUCGAUGGCUGAAGGUGAAAAGAAGGGGAAACAACUUCAAGAAGAAAUAGAAAAAAUGGAAAAGGAAAAGGAUGAAAAAUUUGAUGGUACUCUCCGUUCACUGGAAGAUAAACUUACAGAAGUUCAGAAAGCCAAUGCAAAAGCACAAAGUGCCCUUGAUCUCAAGAAGCAAAACUUAGAAGCUGAACAGAGUAAGCACAAAGAACUUAUGAAAAGUAUGCAGGAGAAUUCUAAAACAUUAGUGUUGAAGGAGAAAGAGCAAAAGAAGAUGGAGAAAGAACUAAAUGCUUUACAGGAAGCAAGUGAAAAAGAUGCAUGUGCUUUAGAUGAAGCACAACAGCAUUUUAAUGCUGUAUCUGCUGGCUUGUCCAAAAAUAACAGUGGGAAAGAAUCUACUAUUUCUGGGCAGAUGACAGCCUGCAAAAAUGAUUUCAGUGCUGCAGUUACAGAGGUUGAACAGACUCAACUGAAGCUGUGUUAUACACAGCAAGAAUUAAAGAAAAAACAAGCUGAAGUUAAAAAGACGGAUGGAGAGUACAAGAAAGACCAAGAAGCACUUAAAGCUGUCCAAAAAGCGAAAGAACAAAUAGAGAACCAAAUAAAGAAGCUCAACUAUGGAGACAAAGAAACACUUCUAGCGAAAAAGAAGACAUUGACUUCUGACAUCAGACAACUGAGACAAUUGUAUGAAGGCUUAAUGGCAAGGUUUCCUCAACUGCAGUUUGAAUACAAGCAUCCAGAAAAAAGUUGGGAUCCAAACCAUGUGAAAGGCCUUGUUGCAUCUCUUAUCACUGUGAAAGAUCUAUCCAAAGCAAAAGCCCUAGAAGCAGCAGCUGGAGGCAAGCUCUACAACAUUGUUGUGGACACAGAGGUUACUGGCAGAAAGCUUUUAGGAAAGGGUGAACUAAAGCGUCGAUACACCAUCAUUCCAUUGAACAAAGUUUCAGCCAGGUGUGCUGGACAAGACACUGUCAAUUUGGCCCAAACAUUGGCUGGUCAUGGUAACUUGGAUUUAGCCCUUUCUCUGGUUGAAUAUGAAUCUGAACUGCGGAAAGCAAUGGAAUAUGUAUUUGGAACAACACUGGUCUGUAAUGACAUGGAUAAUGCUAAGAAAGUGACCUUUCACAGAAGAAUAAUGAUGAGAAGUGUUACACUUGAUGGAGAUAUAUUUGACCCGCAGGGCAUUCUGCAUGGAGGGGCGUGUUCACAGGCUGCACCAAUAUUGUCAAAACUUCAAGAAAUGAAAGAUGUUGGAGCAGAACUGAAGACAAAGGAAUCUGAACUUGAGACUGUAGAGAAUAAGCUGGCAAACUUGGAGAAAGUUGCUGAAAAGUACCAGCAACUGAAGCAGCAGUUGGAUGCAAAGUCUGAGGAAGCAGGGCUGUUGCAGUUGAAACUUCAAGGAAGUGCUUAUCACAAACACGAAGAAGAGCUGCUUGCCCUGAAGAAAACCAUUGCGGAGUGUGAAGAGACAUUAAAGAAAAAUGAAGAGACAAAAAAGAAAGCAGAAGACAAAUACAAGUUAUUACAGAAUAAAAUGAAAAAUGAAGGAGCAGAACAUCAAAAAGGACUAAACAAUGCCCAGCAGAAACUAGAUCAUGCCAAGAAAAAGGCAUAUGAUUCAAGCGAAGAAAUGAAAAAAAAGCAGCAGGAAAUGGAAACUUUAGUUCUGGAAGUUAAAGAGCUAAAACAAGAACUUGACUCUUAUGAACAGCGGAUAGAGGCUGCAGUUAAAGCAAUCAAAUCCUACCAGGAUCAAGUUAAUGCUAUGGAAGCUGAGGUGUCUAAGACAAAGAAAUCUGUAGAGCAAUCACAGAGCAUGGUGGCCAAGCAAAAGGGAACAAUUAUGUUACAGAAUAAAGAAAUUGAAGCCAAAUCUGCAGAGAUGAAAAAAUACAGAGAACAAAAUAAUGAAAUGCAGCUUCAGGUUAAAGAAUUAGAACACAACGUGAGCAUACAUGAACAAGAGGCUGCUGAUGCUGCUGACAAGGUGAACAAAAUGCUGAAAGAUCAUAAGUGGAUAGCUUCAGAGAAACUAUAUUUUGGUCAGCCAAACACAGCGUAUGACUUCAAAGAUAACAGUGCUGAAGUCACACAUGAGAAGCUGCAGAAAUUGAAGGAGCAGAAAUGGAAACUGAGAAAAGCUGUGAACCCGAAAGCUAUGCAUAUGUUUUCUGUGACAGAGGAGAAGUACAAUGACUUAAUGGAAAAGAAAAGAAUUGUUGAGAAAGACAAGGCAAUAAUUAUUGAAACUAUUCAUGAGCUUGAUCAGAAGAAAAUAGAAGCCUUAAAUAUUGCUUGGAAAAAGGUGAAUGAAGACUUUGGUUCAAUUUUCUCAACACUUCUGCCAGGAGCCAGAGCUAUGCUGGUAGCCUCUAAUACUGAGAAUAUCUUGGAUGGUCUGGAGUUCAGGGUUGCCUUAGGAAACACCUGGAAAGAAAACUUAAGAGAACUUAGUGGAGGACAAAGAUCAUUGGUUGCCUUGUCCUUGAUCUUAUCCAUCCUUCUCUUCAAACCUGCUCCAAUUUACAUCCUGGAUGAAGUGGAUGCAGCCCUUGAUCUCUCUCAUACCGAGAAUAUUGGACGGAUGCUUCAAGCUCAUUUCAGACACUCUCAGUUUAUUGUGGUGUCCUUGAAAGAUGGAAUGUUUAACAACGCAAAUGUCCUCUUCAAGACCAAGUUUGCGGAUGGUGUAUCCACGGUUUCAAGAUAUGAGCAGAAAGCCAAGAAAGCCCAGAAACUACAGAGCAGGAAAGAAUGA